GCUCCUUUUUGGGUACGACAAAGCCCACUAUCGCCCCCAAGUUUACAGACUUCAGAGCUCAAUCCCUCUCACUUCGAGCAGCGGAGAUCGAUGGUCUCCUACAAAUGGGCAUACGCUAGAAUAAUGGCCGGCACCAUCCUCGGCGGCGUCCUCGGAUUCUACGUCAUGCACCGACUCGAGAAGAGCUACAAGGAGAAGAUGAAGGAGAGGCUUAAGAAGUACGAGACCGAGAUGAAGAUGAGGGAGCAACAGUUGCAGCAGCAGCAGCAGCAGGAAGAAGAGCGUUCGUAGAUCUCGCGUGACUCGUGAUCUCCUUCAAUUUAGGACUAGAUGCAGACAUGAAUGUCAUAUUAAGCAUCAAUCAUGAACAGCCUUAGUCUCUACAAGCAGUAGGAGUUUUGUGCAUUUGGAGAGGAAAGGAUGGAUUUGAUGGGACGUGCUGAGACAACCAAAGUUUACGAGUUUGGGUUGAUAUUGAUACUUGAGAAUAUGCAUGACAAGUUGGGAACUCAUGGUAACAUCAAUCAGUGGCCAAUCAACUUUAUGGGUAGAGUCCUACGACUCCAAAUUAUGUAGAAUCCAACAUCAGUCUUCAAGAUUGCAGACUUUUGAACCAAGGACAAUCAUGAUCUUUUGAUGUAUGUUCUUUAAAGAUGCAAUGUGUGCAGCCAAUUCGAAAUAAUUUGUUGAUCAGAUGGUGCCAUUUGUUUUAACUUUUUAGCCAUGGCUACACUGCUGAGUGCUGAUGCAU